AGGGCAAAAACCCACUAAAUUUUCUUGAAGGAACCUCAACGGUGUCAACAGAAGCCGAUUGUUCUCUGGAUUCAGCCAAAACCAGGAGAUCAGUUUGAAGACUUUGUUCUUCUUGGACUCUGACAGAUCUCUCCUGGGAGCCGACAUGCGCACCAAGCUGCAGGAGGUUUCCCCUCCUCCUCUGGAUGUUACGAUGGAGUGAACAGAAACAGGAGUUACUCAACAGAACUGACCCAAACCAAAGCAGGAAACCUUUGUUUUUCUGAGCAGAGAGCCCCUUCUCCUGGCUGCUGAGGAGCGAGGGACGUGUUUGGAGGUUCCCCACCACCAGGCUGCUGCUCGCAGAUGGAGGCACACCAACACUCCCCAGAUAGCAGCAGUGAGGAGUGCACCGUCCUGGAGGUUCCGCCCAGCAAGAACACCUGUCCCCAACAUGCAGGGAAGGUGGCCGACCUGUAUUGUCCAGCCUGUGAGUGUGCGCUAUGCGAGGACUGUGUGUCGGAUCACAUCGACCACCCCAAGAUUUUGCUCAGCGAGGCACUGGAGCAGAACCGGAGCCAGUUGCAGGAGAGGCUGGAGGCCAUCCAGGGCAGGCUCCCCCAGAUCUGUGAUGCUCUGUCCUUUGUGAAGGAGAUCGUCCAGCAGCUGAGUAGUCAGAGAACAUCCAUCGAGGAGGACAUCCAGUCCAGCUUCGAGGACCUACACAAGCAGCUCGACGUUCGAAAGAGCGUCCUGCUGAUGGAGCUGGAGGUCACGUAUGGACUCAAACAGAAGGUGCAAAAACACACAAAAACAAAGAGACUGUGCCUCAUUAAACAGUUAUUCCUGCACAGUUUAUUCGAGGGAAACCCCUUUGGGGUCCCUCGACCAGAGGAAGUUGUUGUAGACCAGGAGCGAGUCCACCACUCUGGCGGUAUGUGCGUGGAGUUCCUAUGA